UGUGUGUGUGUGUGUGUGAGAGAGUGCGCGCGAGGGCGCGCGUGUGUGUGAGUAGCCGGCGUGAGGUGCUCAGCGUCAGUCAGUCACUUUUGUGCCUGUGGUGUCAACACUUUCUCCCGGACAUGCUGACAGCCGGGACAUGGCAUGGAGCGUGCAGAAGACUUUUUGGUGUUUGUUGAGACGCGCAGGAGGUGUGUGUGAAGCUGAGGUUUGAGUGGGGCUCCGUGCACACAGCCAUCAUGAGCUCAGGCACUCACCGCGCCGGCUAUUCUUUCUGUUCGGAUAUUAUUUCACUGGUGCAGUCGCUUCUCGUGUUUAUGACCACAAUCAGAGGGCUUGGUAGCACGUGGAUCGCAUCUGAGAUUUGUCCACUCGGCCACUUUCCAUGUGGAAAUGUGAGUGUGUGUCUGCCUCAAGUGCUGCACUGUAAUGGCAAAGAGGACUGUCCUAACGGAGCCGACGAGGAGCACUGUGGAGAUAACAGUGGCUGGGCUAAUUUUUUCGACAGGACCGUUCAAAUAACGGGCCGACGCGAUCUGUCUACAGACUGCUUUCUGCAGCAGUACCCAGAUCGCUGUCAGUGCAUUGAGCUGGAGCUCCAGUGUGUGCGCAUCGGUUUGAAUUCUGUGCCGCAUGUGUCAUCCAAUGUAACGUCCCUGUCUCUUAAGAGCAAUGAGAUUCGAGUAUUACCAGAAAAUGCUUUUAUUCGAUACAAAGAACUUCGAAGACUAUUUCUUCAGGAUAACUGCAUAAUCUCUGUGUCUGAUAGGGCUUUUAAAGGAUUAUUCAAAUUGCAGAAGCUGUCUUUAAGUCAAAACUGCAUCACUUUAUUAAAAAAUGGAGUCUUUGCUGAUCUCCACCAACUCAACUGGUUAAUUCUAGAUGACAAUCCCCUGAAAACCAUCACUGUGAACACAUUUACUGGCCUGAGGUCUCUCUUCUUCCUGUCAAUGGUGAACACCUCGCUUGAACGGCUUCCUUCAUCCAGACUCUGCAGCCACAUGCCCUUUCUCAACUGGCUGGACUUUGAAGGAAACUGCAUUCAGAGGCUGAACUAUUCCACCCUGCUAUCCUGUGAUGAGCUCACGGUCCUAUCACUACGAGCAAACCACAUCAAAAAGCUUCCGGAAAACACUUUUCAAUCUCUACAUAUGCUUGGAGAGUUGGACCUUUCUAGUAACCAAAUAAAAGAGCUGCCACUGGACAUCUUCAAGGAUCUGCAGUCUUUACAAAUACUGAAUCUUUCCCUAAACCCAAUGAACCACAUCCACCUGCGUCAGUUUGAUCACCUCACACAGCUCCAGUCACUGGGCCUGGAAGGAGUGGAGAUCCCAGACAUACAGACCCGCAUGUUCCAGUCAAUGAAGAACCUCUCCUACAUAUACUUUAAGAAAUUUCAGUACUGCUCCUACGCGCCUCAUGUCCGGAAAUGUAAGCCCAAUUCGGACGGCCUCUCAUCAUUUGAAGACCUCCUUGCAAGUGUAGUCCUCCGUGUCUCUGUCUGGGUCAUGGCCUUUGUCACCUGCUUUGGGAAUCUCUUUGUCAUCGGCAUGCGUACACUCAUCCGGGCAGAGAACAACCUGCAUGCCAUCUGCAUUAAGGUUUUGUGUUGUGCAGAUUGCCUGAUGGGUGUCUACCUUUUCUUUGUGGGCAUCUUUGAUGUAAAGUUCCGUGGAGAGUACAACAAGAAUGCUUACGUGUGGAUGGAGAGCCUUGAAUGCCGUACCAUUGGCUUUCUGGCCAUGCUGUCCUCCGAGGUCUCUGUCAUGCUCCUAACCUACCUGACCGUGGAGAAGUUUCUGGUGAUUGUGUUUCCACUGAGUCACCUAAGGCCAGGAAAAAGUCAGACAUUUAUUAUUUUAGCUGUGAUCUGGAUUAUUGGAAUCAUGAUCGCCGCCAUACCUCUGCUGAACGACGAGCUCUUUGGGAACUACUACGGCCGAAACGGUGUCUGCUUCCCUCUGCACUCUGAACGUCUAGAGAAACCUACAGCAAAGGGAUAUUCCACCGGCAUAUUUCUGGGACUCAACCUAGUAGCUUUCCUCAUCAUCGUCAUCUCCUACUCCAGCAUGUUUUACUCCAUUUACAAGACAGGAAUUAAUGCCACAGAGCUGCGCAGUCGUCUGCACAAAGACGUGGCUGUGGCCAACCGCUUCUUUUUCAUCGUGUUCUCUGAUGCCCUCUGCUGGAUCCCCAUAUUCCUGGUCAAGAUUCUCUCUCUGCUCGAGGUGGAGAUUCCAGGAACAAUCACUUCUUGGGUCGUAAUCUUCAUCCUGCCUAUCAACAGUGCCUUGAAUCCCAUCCUGUAUACCCUGACUACCAGCUUCUUCCGAGAGCAGGUAGAGUUAAUGAUGUGCCAGUGGCAAAGACUCUCUACCCUCAGAAAGGAACGGAAAAGCUUAUCAAGCUCAGUCAUCGACAUCGAAAAUUCACGACGUCCAUACUGCACACGUGAUUUUGUGCCACGGACCUCCAUCUUGAAAUUUAAUAGCAGUUUCAGAUGAGCAUGUACUCUGUGAGAUUACAAACUGAUGGAAGGUUUAGUUCCCCAAGUGACGUUUGGAGAUGUGCUGAUACUGUGCCUUGGCUUCAUUCUGCUUGACAUCAAUCUGCAUGUUGAUCCGAGAAAUCAAAGCCUGUUCUGGAUAUGUAGACAAAACUCACACAAGCGAAAGAAUGGAGAAGACUUGCUCUGGACAGACCACAACAUUAAUAGACAUGAUAUUCAUGUACACAAAAUAUGUUUUACAGUGAUUCAGCUAUCAUUUUAUUGAAUUAUGCUAGUUACCAAGCAACUAGCAUCUUACUGAGAAAAUAUUCUCCAGAAGACAUUUUUUACUGAUACCUCAUACAAGUUUCCCAUAGGCCUUGUAUUACCAUUAGAAAUGGCCACUAUGAAAUGUGUACCUUUAUUUGAAUGUUUAAAAUGAAAAGGUUCAUAACGCUGACAAAGUCACUGUUACAGGUGUGAUAAACAUUAAGAGUUUUUAUCUCAUGGGCACAACAUAUUAUAGUUAUUCAUUAGAAAUUAAAACAUGACACUGUUCCCACAACCAGUUUUUCAUGGUUUCUGGAAGUUUAAAGCAUAUAUUGAUUUCAAAACUUUAAUAUUAUGUAAAAUUGUGACAUUUGCCUUUAUUGUGACCACAUUGGCCUACCAUAUUCACACUCCGCCUGUCUUUGGGUUAAAUAAAUUCGUUUCCAUAUAUGGUCAGUGUUUCCUGUGUUCAUUUAAUUGUUGCCAAGUUGUUCUUAAUUAUUUUAACCUGCAGCUUGUUACAAAGGUCUAAUUUGUCUAUUUCAACUCUUUUUGUUCCUGUUGAGGUUGUGAAGUGCUGCAUGUCUGAAUUUGUAUUAUUAAAGAGUGGUCUCUAGUCUUGUUGCUAGUUUUUUUUUUAUUUUUAUAUCAGAAACAGUAUCUUGAAUUGAAGUCAUGAUGGCUAGUGGUUUAUGGGUUGCUUUACUGUUGUGGUGUUAAAUUCCUGUCUGUUAUACUGUCUCAUUCCUGGAUUAACCCUAAUAAAUGUGCUAUUAGUACGUAUUUUUGUCCUGUGUCCAGCAACUGUCCACUGUUGUGCAUGAUAAAGUUUCUGUUUAUCUAUUUUGUAUAUUUAUGAAUCUGAAGAACUGAAGAAUACAUGCCCAUAAUCUCUAAAAAUAGAUUACGAUGCUUGACAAUAUACUGUACAUUUUUAGCCCCUCUAGUAACUCGUUUUGGAAUGUUGAAUUGAAAGGAAUUUUUUCAUGUUUACUUGUUGCUUAUUUAUACAUGUAACUAGUACAAUUAUGAUGUUUAAUUCAAGCAUAAAAAACAUAUAAAAGCAAAUAAAAACCUGU